AUGUAUGCCCAUCCUCGUGCACAAGACGCGCCCCACGAUGCUGCCCCGGACGUUCCCCAUCCUCUGCCUAUGCAUCCUGAACACCCUGCUUACCUGCCACCCAGGCGCCCUGGUACUCCCCAUCACGCUGGUCCCCACUAUCCUGGCUUGCCUCCGCCGAACGCGCCGGCUCCGCCGCCCCAUGGUGGUCACUAUUACCAUCGUGUCGCUUCUGCACCUGGUGCUAUAGGGUAUCAGCCGCACCCUGGCAUUGCCGCUCACCAUGCUCCUAUGUACUAUCCGCACGGCCCUUUCCAGCCACAGCCCAUGGACUAUCGCGGCCCAUACAUGCCCGCUCCAAUGGGACUUGGUUAUGCUCCAGCCCCCUUCCCCGGGCCUGCCCCGCCAUUCGGGCCUGCUCCCCCGCUUGCACCUGCGGUGGCGCCCGCUCUGCCGCUUGCACCUGCUGCGGCGCCCGCUCCCGCGCCUGCUCCCGUGCCCGCACCUGCACCUGUACCCGCUGCGGUGGUGCCAGGUCCUGGUGCACCUGUUCCUGCAGGAACGCCAGCAGGUGGCAAUGACAUCGCUGGAGUCGCUCAUGCCAGGCCUAGUAAGAAGCGACCGAAUGAGGAAGUGCAACAAGGAGUUUACGCUUUCGAGGUCGACAUCCUGAUUGGCGAAGGAAAGCAUGUCUACAAUGCCAACACCGGGAUGACGUGGACAGAAUUCUGUGAGCAGUGCGCGGUGUUCUACAAGAGCGAUCCCAACAGUACACGUCUUGCGGCGAAGAUUUCCGGUGAUUCCGGCUGUUUCAUGUUCUUGGAUGGCAAAGCCGAGUACGAGAGCACCAUACAGCACGUUGUUCAAAAGGUGCUGCAUGCUCGUUCUCGUGCUGUGAAGUUGGAGAUCAAGAAUAUGCUCCCCACCACCGCCACCUCGAGCAGUGGCCAGAAGCGCAGACGUGGACGCGAUGAUGAUGUCCCUCCCGAGCUGAACGACGACCGUCGCUCACAGCUUGCUGCCUACAAGCAACUCGAACAGCAUCUCCGCUGUGAGAAGCACAACGGUCACUGCCAUGUUACUCGGCCCAAUGGGACAGACAAUCAUCGCCGUAUGGAUCACCAGGCGAUGACACUAUUGGCAAAGAAGAUUGCUCUCAACCAUGCAACGAUCUUUAAUCCUCCUAACAGUGUUGAGUUCGACCGAGCUGCACGAUGGGGUGUCAACUCAAAUGCCGCCGGCCCUGCCCCUGUGCACGUCACGAUACACAACAUCACGCAACCAGGCCCCAGCCAGCCCAUGCCCACUCCCGUCACGUCCACCCCAACCCCAAGUCCGCACCCGCAGGCACCCACCGCUUCAACAUUGCAUCGAGACGGCUCACCUGUCCCAGCUCAUGCCAACCUCCCGGAUACCCUUGCGCCUCCGUACCCGGACCUCACGGUCGUUUUGGAGAUGCUCCAGAAGACAUACUACCCACGCUACAACUUCCUGGAACUCGAGGCGAGCCUGCUUGCGACCGACAUUGACCUAGGCGACAUUGUUCAAGUUCCCGAUGUUCGUGAUGUCCUACCUUUCAUUGGAGACAUGGGCAACGAGCGCGCCUACAUUCUUCGUAGCUUCGCAAAGGCUAUCGUUCUUCCCCGCAUUGGGAUGCCGACAGAGAUGUAUGCCAAGCAUCUUCCAUGGGAGGUUGUCGCAUUCGAGCAGUUGGCUACAGGUGCUAGUACCUCUUCCAGAGCGAGCGCGAGAGCGUCGACGGGCACUGGCUCGGAGGAGGAACCUGUCGAGGUUGACAACAAAGGUGAUGAGGUGGAGGACGAGGCAGAUGAUGAUGAUUCUGACGAGGACUCCGAUGAGGAGUGGUUGGAUGAGGGUGAUACUCACCUCGAGCCUGACGAGCAGGGCCUCUGA